UUUUGCACUUUUGCUCCUCAUCUCGACGCCGCCACGGGAGCUGCUCCCGCUUCUCCUCCGUCGCUCUCCGCCGCCGCCGCCACCGUCACCCUCCUCGGCCUCCCGCUGGUCUCCUCCGUCGUCCUCCUCUGCCGCCGCCGCCACCGUCACCCUCCCUUCGCAUGGCGAUGUCGAGCGUGAGGAAAGCCUUCGUGCGCGCCGCAGGGGGGCCGAUCUCCUCCUUCGCUGAGAAACGGGGCUCGUUCUUCUCCGGUCCGGACGGUGGAGGAAAAUGGCUGAAGGAUGCCAGGGAAUGGUGCGAUCGCUGGCAAUCUGUUGGAUGGGCAAUUGGCUCAUUGUGUGCAGGCGCAGGAGUGGUUGGUGGGAUUGCCGCGAGGUACAUAAGGCAUGAUGUCGAGGCAUAUGUUGAUGGGAAGAUAGCGCAGGUCGUAUCAAAAAAUGAUGAGUUCCGUGUGGCUGCGACAAAAACUCAUUACGACUUUCAACAGAAGAUCAGUGACCUCUUUCUGGAGUAUCAAAGGGAGUUAAACAUGUUGGCUAAGAGUCACCUGCAGUUUCAGAGAGACAUGAUGAAGCUGGAGCAUUCCAUAUUCCUUCUUCCCAAUUUUGCUCCAGAAGAAAAGGGACCUGUGGGUGCUGUGGGAGGUGACAGGGGACCUGUGGAUGCUGUGGGAGGUGACAGGGAACCAGUGGGUGCUGUGGGGGGUGACAAGGGAUCUGAGGGACAGCUGAACCUGUAACAUUCAAAAGCUGAUUUUGGUGGAGGGGACUUCAACUGAUGCAAGGAUGGACCUGAGUGUGCUUCUUCAACUGAAGCAAGGGAUGACCUGAGUGUGUUUUUUGGGCUGCUUAAAAAAUUAGGCAGUUAUGUGACCUAGACUCUAUUCCAGCUCACGUAUGUGCUCUGUGGUUGCUGAUCUUUGGACCCAAUUUAAACAAUGGGAAUGUGGGAUGGUCAAAAGUUAACUUCUAUUUUUAACAAUCAAGCUGUAUCGAAAAAUUCGCAGGUUACAAUACAAAGAGAAGUACAAAAUCUAAUUUGAGAAA